AUGUGUGCCGCGUUUCUCAUUUCCGCCUCGUACGACAAGCAGAUCCGCUUCUGGGAUGGCGCCUCCGGUCGCACAGUGCGUUGUUUCUCCUUUCAGGACUCGCAGGUGAAUGCGCUGCUUCUGAUUCCAGAUACAACGUACCUUGUCGUGGCGGGAUUUGGCGUCGUGCGUGUGUAUGACAUUGGGGCACCCAGCGCUGCAGCUGCAGCCAGUGUCGGGGGUGGUGGGGUGAGCAGCCAGGCGCCACCGCUCUUGUCAUCGUACGAGAAUCAAUCCGCCAUGAAUGUGACGAGUCUGGGGAGUUUUCCACUAAAUCUGCAUAAGGGCGUCAUCACGCUUUUUGGUUCUUCCAAUGACAAUUCAAACAGCAGUUUAUUCAAUGCAACCGCCGAUUUUGUCUCCACUCAGCAACCGUACCAAGAAAACCCGUCCGGCGAGUUGUCCACGGCGCUUUACGCCACCUCAGAAGAUGGCCACAUCCGCUUUUUUAACGCGGCGAGUCCAACCACACUGCAGCUCAUAUGGGAUAUUCCUACCGGCGCGGCUAUUACCUGCAGUGCCCUCUCGCCGGACCGUCAGACUUUGUUCACGGGGUCGCAGAUAGGCCGCGUCUCUGUCUGGCACCUCCCCACGAUCAUUGAGGUGGCGACGCUGCAGGCGAAGAGUACUAUUGGGAUUCCGUUUGGGCAGGCGCCGUUGCAAGUAAUUUCCUUUGACACAGACUACACGGCCAUUCGCAGCAUCGCCAUUGAGCCAUUGGCACGUUGGGCUGUGGCCGCCACAAACGCAGGGAAAUUGCACUUUAUGCGCUUUACGAGGGAAGUUAACGCCUCUGAGUCCUUGGCGGAUCUAUCGUGUGGGAACGCAAACAAACCGGAGUGCGGCGAGAAGAAUGAGACGGAGCAGCCAGUGGGCGAAUCCGGCAUCCCUGAAAGCCGUGAGGUCUCCGGAAAUGGCGGUACCAAAGCUCCGCGUGACGCCAGUGUUAUACAAUUAGAGAAUGUGCACCAACUCCCCAAUGUCGGUAAAGAUGUGGAUGCGAAUGAGUUGAAGAGUGCGGAAUUAAGGCCAAAUUUCACUCAUAGAGAAAACCUCACGCCAGCUCUUGCCCACAGUCCCGACCCUCAAGGUAUCUUGGCCGUGGCCUCUCCGUCUGAGCAGGACGCCCAUACAAACUAUCAUUCAAACGCCCCAUCAUUGCAGACCUCGCUGCUUCCGGAGCAGUUUUUGCUGGAAGUGUUUUACUCGUUCCAGGCACAUUACAAGUACAUUCUCAAAGUAGCGAUAUCCCCCAGUACCGAUCUGUUGGUAACCUGCUGUGCCGAUUACACCGUUGGCCGCUUUCUUAUUCCGAAGGAGCUUCAAAAUGGUACGGCAUUCGCAAAAAAAAGCACGGGGCAUGAGGCUUCCAGCAGUUGUGAGAGCGUCCCCGCUAUGUCUGCAACGGCAGCAAUGGGUUCAGACGGAGAGGGACUGCAGGCAAGGCGCAUGGCCCAACAAGGGGCUCCAGAGGUGGCUUUGGCAGUAGCGUCGCUGUUACAGCCCAUGGCGGGAGGAGAAGAGGCACCAAAUUCUUCAGCGGAUAAACAGGAAGGGGCGGAGGUAAAAGUGUUGGAAACACCACAGAAUGGAAAUGAUAGAAGGAUCUCAGUGGAUGUGGGUGACGGAACAGCGGCUCAGCCAGCGGCGAAAAAGGAGGAAAAAGGAGGUGCGAGUCCCGGUGACUUUCCCGAUGCCUCUUCACUGCAGUUCUCUGUCGUCCCGUCACUAACGAUGGAAGGAAACACACAACUUCAUAGCACAGGCGUACUUCAAUUUAUCGCAUUGAAGCCCCUAACGGGGCACUUACGAUGGGUGUGGGAUUGUGUUUUCAGUGACUGCGGUCGGUUUCUCUUCACGGCAAGCAGCGACCAUUACUUGCGGAUGUGGACAGGGCUACUCACCGACCGCGUACAGUCCACCUGUUUUGUCGGCCACACAAAACCGGUAGUAUGUUGUAUACUGUACUACGAAAAGAGGUGCCAGUAG